GAGUUAACCCUUUAACAUAAUAGACGUUCUAAAGCUCAUAGUCGAAUGUAAUGUUGAUUUUCACUUGAAAUGAUAAAGUCAAUUAGACUUUUCCUCGGCUAAAUCGUGCUAAGAACUGAGGAGGUGGGUGGUAGCCAAAUAAAGCCUUGAAGACUUGCUCUCCACUACUACAUCUGUUGAUUGUUACAUCAUGGAAUGACACUAAGGCCAAGCUUAUAUAAAGCCCAUCUUCAAACCAACUAUCCCACAACUCAUUUCUUCAUCUUCAUUCCACCAAAAUGGCUCUCAAUCGUUCUUUUUUCAUGUCCUUCUUUCUCAUGACUUUGGUGACAGUUUCAUCUGCUAGUGAUUACUAUAGCCCUGCCACAGAAUACAAGAAACCAUCUCAUUCUCCAGAGUAUACAUAUCCGAUUUACACACCAUCACCUGUAUACACACCAUCCCCGAUAUACAAGUCUCCAGAGUAUUCACCUUCUCCAGUAUACAAGUCUCCAGAAUACUCACCAUCUCCCGUAUAUACACCAUCCCCAACAUACAAGUCUCCAGAAUACUCACCAUCCCCAGUAUACAAGUCCCCAAAGUACACUCCAUCCCCAGUAUACGUGUCUCCAGAGUACUCACCAUCCCCAGUAUACAAGUCUCCAGAGUACUCGCCAUCCCCGGUAUACAAAUCUCCAGAGUACUCCCCAUCCCCGGUAUACAAGUCUCCGGAGUACUCCCCAUCCCCUGUGUACAAGUCACCAGUAUAUUCCCCAUCACCAGCUUAUAGCCCAUCACCUAUCUACAGGUCACCUGAAUACACUCCAUCACUAGUCUACAACCCGUCUCCGGUAUACAAGACACCAGUAUAUACCCCUUCUCCGGUGUACAAGACACCAGAUUAUAGCCCAUCUCCUGCCUACAAAUCACCUAUAUACACCCCAUCUCCAGCAUAUAAGGCACCAGUUUACAACCCAUCCCCCAUCUACAAGUCACCUAAAUACACCCCUUCUCCAGUUUACAGCUCAUCUCCCAUGUACAAGUCACCAGAGUACACCUCAUCUCCAAUUUAUAGCCCAUCCUCAGUGUAUAAGUCACCAAUUUACACCCCAACUCAAGUAUACGAGACACCGGUUUACAGUCCAUCCCCCGUCUACAAGUCACCUGUAUACUCUCCAUCUCCAGUAUACAAGGCAUCGGUUUACAGUCCAUCUCCAGUGUACAAAUCACCAAUAUACACCCCAUCUCCAGUGUAUAAGGCACCAGUAUACAUUCCAGCUCCAGUGUACAAGGCACCAGUUUACAGUCCAUCCCUAGUGUACAAGUCACCAGUAUACACCCCAUCUCCAGUGUACAAGGCACCAGUUUACAGUCCAUCUCCCGUAUACACCCCAUCUUCAGUGUACAAGGCAUCAGUUUACAGUCCAUCUCCAGUGUACAAAUCACCAAUAUACACCCCAACUCUAGUGUACAAGACACCAGUUUACACCCCAUCUCCAGUGUACAAGGGACCAGUUUAUAGUCCAUCUCCAGUGUACAAGUCACCAAUAUACACUCCAUCUCCAGUGUACAUGACACCAACUUACAGCCCAUCCCCCGUCUAUAAGGCACCUGUAUACACCCCAUCUCCGGUAUAUAAGACACCAAUUUAUAGCCCAUCCCCCGUCUACAAGUCACCCAUAUACACACCAUCUCCAGUGUCCAAGGCACCAGUUUACAGUCCAUCCCCUGUGUAUAAGUCGCCCGAAUACCCCCCAUGUCAAGUAUACAAGUCACCAGAAUACACACCAUCUCCAACAUAUAAGGCACCCGUAUACAUUCCAUCGCCAGUGUACAAGUCACCCGUAUACACCCCGUCUUCAGUAUAUAAGGCACCAGUUUAUACCCAAUCCCCCAUUUACAAGUCACCCGUAUACACCCCAUCUCCAGUAUACAAGUCCCCAGUUUAUAAACCAUCCCCCAUUUACAAGUCACCCGAAUACACUCCAACUGCAGUAUACAAGUCCCCAGUUUAUAGCCCAUCUCCCAUUUACAAGUCACCCGAGUACACUCCAACUGCAGUAUACAACCCAUCGCCCAUCUACAAGUCACCAGUGUAUACUCCAUCUCCAAUAUAUAAGUCACCCACAUACACUCCAUCUCCAGUAUACAAGUCACCAAUUUACACUCCAUCCCCCGUGUACAAGUCACAAGAAUACACUCCAUCUGCAGUAUACACAACACCAGUUUACAGUCCAUCUCCCGCAUACAUGUCACCUAAAUACAAUCCAUCUCCAGUAUAUAAGUCACCUGAUUACAAACCAUCACCAGUGUACAAGGCACCAAUAUACACCCCAUCUCCAGUAUACAGUUCAUCCCCCAUGUACAACUCCCCAGCUUACACGCCAACUUACAAGACUCCUACAUAUUCUCCAAGUCCUUCAUACGGCUAUUAAGAGAAGUAAAGAGUUAAAUGGUCCUCAAUUUUUCGAAUUCAUGCGGUAUUUUUUCCUCAUAUUGAAUCAGACUGAAUCUGGUUCGAACUAUAUAUGAUAUCAUUUGAGAUCAUAUAAUCAGAGUUUGAGAAGGAUUAAAUAAAAACGAUGUCUUUUUUAUUUUUAUAAUGCAAACACAAUUAUCUUAUGACAAUGUAUUUUUAACCUUUUAGUUGAUUAGUUGGCGUUGAUGAUGGAAUUCUAGUCGGAUUAUCAGGUCCUACUAUCUCCUAUAUAAUUUAGAUCGAGCUUUCAAUUUUUUUA